CACUAAACUCGCCGAGCCCUCAUCUCCUCGCGCUAGGGUUUUAGGACCCCCUCUCCCCCCUCCCAAAAGGCAGGCCGCCGCCUCUAGGGUUUUAGCCGCCUCCGUUCCCCACACCGACGCAUCAUCUCCUUCCUUCCGCCGCCGGAAUCCCGCGUGCCGCCGCCAUGUGGGCGCUCCGCAGAGCUGGCAACCCCCUCAGGACCAGUGCCCUCCAAGUUGCAAGUGUCCGUGGUUGCGCAAGUCUUGAUGUACUGCUAAGUGCCGAUACAAAGAAUGCAGAACACUGUGAUAGGGGUUGCCUGAAAUCAUGCUGCUGCCGUCAGCCAAAGCCAUCAGUCUGCCAGUCAUCGUUCUCAUCUGGCUCGUUUAUGUGGAAUAGGACUUUCUCUUCUCAGGCUGGUGCAAAUUCUGGUGACAAGGAGGAGGAUUUGGAGGAUGGAUUUUCUGAUCUGGAGGUUCCUCCGGAAGCUGAUAAAAAGGAUGCGGAGUUGACAUCAGAAGAGAGUUCUGAUGAGGAUGCUGCUGAUGCAGUUGACUUGUUGGAAGUUGACGACGCCGAUUCAAAAUCUGAGAAGGAGCCAAAAAAGAAGAUCUCCCAGUGCCCCCUUCUCAAGGUUAUGUUGGAAGCCCCAUGGAACGAUGUCUCUGGAACACUGAAGAAAUGGGUUAAUGAUGGCAAUACAGUUGAUAGAAGUGAUGUCUUUUUUGCCGUUCUGAACCUUCGGAGGCGGAGGUUCUUCUCCAAAGCCUUGCAGCUCCUGGAAUGGCUUGAAGAAUCCAAACUAAUUGAACUUGUAGAACGUGAUUAUGCUUCACGUCUUGAUUUGAUGGCUAAAGUCCAUGGGAUUUACAAAGCUGAAAAGUUUAUUGAUAAUAUUCCUGCAUCUCUUAGGGGUGAGAUAGUAUACAGGACUCUUCUAGCUAAUUGUGUGGCUGAAGUAAAUGUAAAAAAAGCAGAGGAAGUCUUCAAUAAGAUGAAGGAUCUUGGGUUCCCAGUUACAGUAUUUGCUAUCAAUCAGCUCCUGCUACUGUACAAAAGGGUGGACAAGAAGAAGAUUAGCGAUGUUCUCACAAUGAUGGAGAAGGAGGAUGUGAAGCCAUCCCUCUUCACUUAUAAGCUUCUUGUAGACACUAAAGGCGCAUCAAGAGAUAUUGAAGGCAUGGAAAAAGUUGUUCAGUCAAUGGAAGCAGAAGGUAUCACGCCAGAUCUUCUGCUUCAAGCCACAAUUGCAAAGCACUACAUAUUUGGUGGUCACCGUGAGAAAGCUGAAGCAAUUUUGGAGUCGAUGGAGGGUGAUAUGAAAGAAAACCGUAAUGCUUGCAAGAUGGUAAUGCCUUUAUAUGCAUUUCUUGGAAAAAAGGAUGAUGUGGAGAGGAUUUGGAAGGUGUGCCAGUCUAAUACUCGUCUAGAUGAGUGCUUAUCAGCUAUUGAGGCUUUUGGUAGGCUUGGAGAUGUUGAGAAGGCUGAGGAAGUGUUUGGGAAUAUGUUCAAGACAUGGAAAACACUCUCUUCCAAAUACUACAAUGCCAUGAUGAGGGUGUAUGCCAAUCAAAACCUUAUGGACAAGGGCAAGGAGCUAGCAAAGCGGAUGGAGGAGGAUGGUUGCAGAUUAGGGAUCUCAACAUUGGAUUCGCUUGUGAAGCUCUAUGUAGAUGCUGGAGAAGUUGAAAAAGCUGAAUCCUUACUGCACAAGUUAUCAGUGAAAAACAAAAUGAAGCCUCAGUACAGCUCAUAUCUAAUGUUGCUUGAUAGUUAUUCAAAAAUAGGAGAUGUCCACAAUUCAGAGAAGGUGUUCAGCAAGUUGCGGCAGAUGGGUUAUAAUGGGAGGAUCAGACAGUACCAGCUGCUGCUUCAUGCGUAUUUGCAUGCAAAGGCCCCUGUUUAUGGAUUUAGAGAGAGGAUGAAGGCUGAUAACAUUUUCCCCAACAGUGUCAUCGCAUCUUUACUUGCCGCAACCGAUCCAUUCAACAAGAAGAAGUCGAUAUCUGACAUACUUGAAUAGGAUCUGGGAUGCUUUAGGCCCAUACUUUGUCACCAUGCGAUAUGAUGUUUCUUAUGGUUUUCUGCCAAAGUAUGUGAUGCGAUAAUAAUGUCUUAGUCAUGGAACGAACUACUAGUGUUUGCAUUUUGUAUUCUCAUGCAUUACUGAACUUCGCGUCAGGAAUAGAUAUACUGAAGCUGCUUCCCUAGAAUAUUCAGUUACUCCUUAAGUUUAUCUCUAUUUCUUUGACCUGAUAGCAAUCAGGACUACCUUUGCUCACUUUCUUUGCCUGUACAUAUUCCUUAAUUUCGAUCCAGAUUGAAUUGUGUU